UAUGCCUUGCAUUAUAACUGGUUUGUAUGCUCGACAAAACAGCACUACUCGUUAGGAAAGAUGACUCUUAUCAUCAUCAGAAGUUUUUAGACCUUAUUUUUGUGAGAAACUCGUUGGGAAAUCUGUUACCUGAAUUUUAAAAAACAAAACAUGACACGUUUAAUUUUAAUUCAGUCCGCCAUAUUGGCUUGGAUAGUUACCAUUCUUCUCUCAAUCGCAAGUGGGCCAAUGCUAAAGAUGUGUUAUUCAAUGGAGGACUAUUCCAAUGGUCUCAAUGUUCAUAAAAAGUUACAGAACUUGAACAUCAUAUCCAGUGAUUUCGGUGGCAUCAAAAAUACAACCAAGCAAUUUUUUGCUUGUUUGACCAGUUUCUUAGCUUGUGUCUUAGGUCUUAACAUAAUUGUGACAAUUUUGACGAUCUUCCCAAAAAUGUUCUACAAGAAGAUUUUAUACGCAGCAGUCGUAUUCUUUUCUUUAUUUACCGCUGUCUUCAUAGGUUUAACCAUUUGGUCGGUUUUACUUUACGUGGAUCUGAACGAUGAACAAAUCGAUCCUAACACCAAAACGAGUGAUUUGCAUGGUCAAAUGUUAUCUUCAUUAAAAGACAAUUUUCGGAGUGACAACUUAACCACUGGAACUAAGAUCUCCAAUGAGUGGAAUCACCUAUUUAUGGACUUCGAAUGUUGCGGCGUGAACAAAGUGGUUGGAACUAUCAACGACUUCGAACCCACCUACUGGUGUAAGACAGAGGGGAGUUGUCAUGCUACCUCAUCGCAGAUACCAAGGACGUGCUGCAAAGGUUUUACAGAAAAUGAUUAUCAAAAUGCUCCUAUUGAAUGUAAAUCCUCCGUUAAAUCCGGCUCUUACUAUGACAAGGGUUGUUUCUCUGUCAUCAUGAAAGAGGUUAUAAAGGAAAGGAUUAACUUUGAUUCUUUUACCGAUGACAUUCUUACAGAGGGGCUAAAAGUAAUUUUAGUCAUGUGGACCUGUUCAUUCUUAAGCUUGUUUGGAAUGUGUCUUUUUAUUGGCAUAUGUUUGACGAAAAAAGGUAAUGCCGAAAAAGGUAAUGCCGAGAAUGGAGAUACUUCGCAAACUGGGAAUGCAUCACCGAAGACCAAACACUUGUAUCCGAACUAUCAAAGAUCUUCGCAAAUCUUCACAAAACAAGAACGCAUCAACUAUGACCGACCAAACAACAAAUAUGACAGACACUGGCAAGAUAUCGGUUACAGUUAUAGAUAUUAAUUGUCUAUUAUCAUAAAAUGAUAAGUUUUCAAAAACUAUAUUUGUAAAAUUAUUUUUAUGAGCAUCAACAUAAAACCAUAUACCCCAUUCCCCCCUCCCCCAUUUACUCACCCCCUUUCUUUAUCUAUCUUCUCUCUCCAUAAAACCCGAUCUCAUUGCACGUUUACAUACAAUAAUGUUAAACAUGCCUUUGUUUGUAAUCUGCGAUAUACAUAUAUGUAUUGUAUAGUCUUAGAUAAGCAUAUUUUUGUGGAUGUAAGUUUUCUCUACUAUAUAUUGUGCUCAAAUCAAAAUAGAGAAAGCAAAAAUUAUGUACUUAUCCUAUGUUUAUAUGUGCUUUGAUAUUGAUAUGAAUAAAAAAAUUAUUUUAAAAAAAACUAUGACCGACCACUUGUAUCCAGAUUAACCAAGAAACAAACAUAUUGAUUCAACUAUGACUGAACUUGUCCAUGAAAGUAUACGACACAAUACUUCAUAAUUAAAAAUAAAUGAAUGCAUAAAAAUAAUUGGAAACAGUUUAGUAUCAGCUUUUUGUAGAAGAAGUUUAUAUUAAAAGCCAAAAAUUUCUUGAAGAAUGGUUGGUUGAAACUUUCAAAUUACAUCGAUAUAUCCACAGUACACAUGGUACCGCUGUACUGAUGAAUUUUGAAACUUGAAAACCAUUUAAGGCAAAGUUUUCCCAUUGAAACAUAUUGUGGUUUUCACUUAUACAUAGUAUAUAUUCUACUGUACAAAGAAAUAUGCAUAUACAUUACGGAUUUCAACUUUAUUUGGAUAUCCUAGUCCAAUAAUUAGGAUUUUCAGGUUGUUCUUAAAUUGUAUAGGAAAUGUUUGUUUUUUUUCUAAACAAAAUCUAAUUGCAAAUAUUAAUAGUUCAUCUAGAUGCAUGAUAUAUAGCAACAUUAUUGAUCAUUUUUAAGU